UCGAGGUGGGUGCGGCAGCAGGUCAGAUUUGCUGCGUUUUGGGACGACGUCGAGGACAUUGUGAGUUGAUGACACCUGUGAUGCAGUUGUUGCGCAGACUCGACCGUGGGGGGCGCGUGAUGUCACGCUUGUGGUCAUGGUCGGAGAGGGUCAUUCAGAGGGUUGCUCAGGCGCCUACCCGACGCACCAGCCGUACAGAGUUGGACACCCUCGUCAGAGGUUUGCAGGCGCGGAGGAGGCAUAUGUUGGAGCCUGCUCAUUGUAUGGCCCACCUCCUUAACCCGCGGCACAGGAGUAUUGCAUACUUUGAGGGGGUGCGUAGGACAGACCACGAGAGGGAGUCGGCAGAGGAGGCUGACAUUUACCUUCGUCAGCAGCCAGGACCGGACAGGCAGUUGUACCAGGAUUUGAGGACAGCUUUGAGGGAGUUCCACAGUCGAGAGGGGGAUUGUGCGUAUGGCGGUCGCGACGAGGACCGAGAUGCGGAGACCUGCAGGGGGGAGAAGGAGACAUCGGCGGUUGCUCAGUGGGGUGGGGGUGACGCCUUACGGAGAGGUGGUGAGGGUACUCGAGACAUUGCUGUCGAGGAGCAGCACGGUCAGCAACGUUCUGCCAGGUUGGCGGAGGAGAGGGGUCGUGGAGCGGGGGGGUCAGCCAGGGGUGGAGGAGACGGAGGAUCGGGGGGACAAAUUCCACUUUCACCUCAGAGGGGGAGAUCUAAGGCUGGCCACGGCCUUCCGGCCACUGCAGGGGAUUUAGCCGUGGCUACCGGCUCGUUGUCCAAUAUUUUGGGUAUGUCGAUGGGACCUCCGCCGACCGUCAGUGAUGCUGGACAGACCCCCGUUGCCGCAGGCAAGACACCCAUCAGCCAGGUUGUACGAGGAUUGGAUACUGACGGGGGUGUCUCGAGCAGUUUGUUGAUGGAGGUGGCUCAGGGGAUGGAGGGUACGGCCAGCCAGCCCAUUCAGAGCACGGGGGAUGCUGUCCUUUUUUCGCCCAUGCAGGAUACGGAUGUGGAGACGGAUGCGGACAGGAGGGACCGAGAGGAGAGACAGCGAGCGCUAGCGCUUGCUCAGUCCUGCCCUAUGACACAGGACGUCAGAGCGAGUUUGGAUGCUGCUCGCGCCCUUGAGACGGGCGUCGCACUCGUCGUCGAGACGGAUGUUCCUGAUAGCUGCGGCACGGGGGUGCGGACGCAUGGUGUCGAGGAGGUUGAGGAGGGGGACGCCUCCCGACCCGCGCAGAGCGAUGGCGGUGUUUGCAGACCGGGACUUCGACCGAUUGGUGGAGAGGAUGACGAUGCGGAGGGAGGUGGUGGUGGGCUUGUCGGUGGAGGGGGUGGACCUCACGGAGGAUCUGAGGCAUUCGGUGUGCAUGAUGGAUGCGAGCAGGAGAGACAGCCCGCCGGUGGAAGGGAGCAGACGGAUGAAGGACGAGGUAGUGCGUCUGCUGCAGAAAUGCAGCAACAUGCAGUUGACGGACCUGGCGAGCAGCCAGUCGAUUCAGUGGUCGUCGACCACCCUGACGCGCUUGCGGAGGGUAUUUGUGUGUUGCCUUUAGGUGGCGCCAUGUCCGCUGCAGUUUUGGAGUGCGAAGGCAGAGAGGAUCCUCUUACGGCUGAUCGGCGGGGGCGGAUGGAGGAUGCCAGCCGCAGAGCUUUGGGAGACCCCCCACCAUAUGCGCCAUGUAGCCCGUCAGUGCCCUCCUCCAUGACAGGCGUCACUCAAGCGAUGCGAGACAUGCAGCCAGGAUUAGCUGCCAUACCCGCAUCUAUGAGACCUCCCCCGUUGCCGCGAGGGGGAGACAUUGAGGUGGAUGCAGCAGGUUGGGGUCGGGGCGGGAUUGGCGGAUCACGUUUGGACAGUACCGGGGCCGGCCCUUCGACACAGCGCAUUGCUCACGUGAUUGGUGCAUCGACACAGCGGACGCAGACCGCCGCAGCGGGGGCACGUGCGCUGACCACUUCGACAGCGGACGAUCUGCCUCCGACCCGUCCGUCGGAUAGAGGAACGGCGGGCCGCAUCUUAGAGGAGCAUGUCAGGGACAGGAGACCGCGCGCUCCUUCUUUAGCAGUUGACUCGUAUUCCUCAGGGACUGGCGGUUUGGAGAUGCCUCGAGGACAGCAGAGGAGGCAGGAUGUUCAUGGGAUUCUGCUCAGAGACAUGGCGACGGCCGAGGUGGAAGAGAGAGAGAGACAGAGAGUUGUGCGGGCACAGGAGGCCGCUCGAAUAGGGGAGCAGCACCAGGCUAGGCGUGUGGGUGAUAGAGUUGUUGGUGGCCGGACGAGGACGAGGGUGGAUGUCGUCGACGACGACGAUUAGUGCAGCGGCCCCAUCUCUGCUCUGAUCUCCUCCGAUUUGCAGCUUUCUUCAGCACGGCGGCGGUCUACGCGGCGACAGAGCUCCGAUUCACGGAAGAGGCAACUACGCGCGUCCUGGCCGAGAUCUCGGCCUUCUGACGGCUAUCCCCUCCUGGGAUUAGCCAUAUCGCCGUCGUCGUCGUCUUUACAGGAGAUAUCACAGCGAUUCCGCCGGCGAUUCACUCCGACACCUAUCGGACGUUGUGCGUCUGGGCUGGGGAAGUGCGGACAUCGUGAACAGAUCUCCUGGCUCGACGAGGGGAUACCUCCGUGCCGGCGCAUGACACGGACCUCCAGCUCCGCUCGUCUCGAAGCUCGCCAGCGAUCAUGCUUCUGGAGCUUCUCUGCGCGGGCUCCCACUCUCUCCUACCGUGUUAAGGAGAACAGUGAGCCGCUAUUGAGAGAGGAGAAGUGGGACGCGUGGUGGGAAGACUAUAUCGAGCUUGCUUUCCGCUGGUCAGAAGCGGCCUUGUUCGGACAAGGACCAGAGCACCCAGAGGACAGCGUGGAGCUUCUGAUCAUCCAAGCGUGGAAAACAGCGGAGCAGGGCAAUCUGCAGGGCUUCGUAUUCGGGAAGGUGGAGGAGGGCAACCUCACCUUGAUCACGGACGAGUUGCUGGUGUUUCUGACUCAGCUGCUGGACGAUCUGCCCCUGGGCAUCUUGUCACAUAGUGACAAGCAGCCUGGCACCCACGUGCUGUCUCGAACGCUCGAGCCGCACCUUGUGUGGUCCACGUGUACGGAGAUUGACGAGGACAACUGUCUCUACCUCUCCCAGGCGCUUUACUUGGAGAUCGACGUUACCGAUCUCACAUUUUGGGACCCGAUCGCAAAGAGAAACGUAGCGCAGGACGAGGAGAUAGGGGAAGCAGAGGAAGAGGAGGAAGAAGAGGAGCCAUCGGGUGAAGAACGAGAUGAUCCAGAUUACGUACCGGAAAGAGAAGCGGGGAUAGCCGACGGAUCGAGCCAGCCGCGGGAAAAGAACGAAGAGGAGGAGAAGGUAAAACCAGAUGAGGAAGAAGAAGAAGAAAACGAGCAAAUGGAGUCGGAGUACGAAGGAUUCGAGGGUGAGGUGCACGACACUGCUCGAGAACGAGCGCAAGAGCAGAGCAAACGGAAGCGUCAGGAGACCGCAGAGGCAAAGCGACCCGCGACAAACGUUUCUCCUGUCGAUCGGUCGAUCGGGGACCCGUGGCGUGAUCCGGGGCUGCCAAAAGAAGAAGACGAUGGAACCGCAGCAGAGGGAUCGCGGAGCAGAAGAAGAAGAAGAAGUGAAUCGCCAGCUCCCUCUGGCUCCCCGUCUUGGUCCUCCAUUCGUCUACAUCAAGAUCUCAGCGUUCGGGCUUCGUCCCCGGUCGUUCUCUCGCCGACCCUGUGACUACCUCAUGCUUACCCGUCUUCCCGAUAGACCCCCGUUCCCCGAUGGUUGGUGUCCUUUCCCCCAUCACCUCUUCUACCAUCUCUACGCUACCCGCCUUCUAGUCUC